CACCAUCCAGGUGAUGUUCCUGUGGUGUCUCCACCACCUUAGAGGGGUCUGUCCCCAGUCCCCAUCAUCUCAUGGGGCUUCAUGUGGUGUCUCCAUCCUUCUGGAGAUGUUCCUGCUCAGAUCCCACCACCCGGGGAAGGUUCCUGUGGUGUCUCCACCACCUUAGAGAGGUCUGUCCCCAAACUCUGUUGUCCUAGGGAGGCUUCAUGCAGCAUCUCUGUCCUUCUGGAGAUGUUCCUGCUCAGAUCCCACCACCCGGUUGAGGUUCCUGUGGUGUCUCCACCACCUCAGAGGGGUCUGUCCCCAAGCCCCCUUUUCCCAUGGGGCUUUACGCAGCAUCUCCCUCGCUUUGGAGAUGUUCCUGCUCAACUGCCGUCCUACCUGGGAAGGUCCCUUUGUCUUCUCCACUGCCUUAGAGUGGAGACAUUGCCGUCCCCAACCCACACCAUCCCAUGGGGCAUCUCCCCUCCUUUGGAGAUGACCGUGCCUGAUCUCCAGCCCCCGGGGAAGGUCCCCGUGGUGUCUCCAUCACCUUAGAGGUGUCUCUCUCCCUCAUCCCCAUCCUCCCAAGGGGAUUCAUCCAGCAUCUCCAUCACUUUGGAGAUGUCCAUCCCUGGUCUCGCUCACCCCAGGAAGGUCCCCGUGUCGUUUCUGUUGAGGUGGAGACAUCUCUGGGGGGUCUCCAUCCUCCCAGGGGAGGUCCCUGGGGCUUCUCCUUCACCCUAGAGGUGCCCGCUCCCUUGGGGAGUCUUGGUGGCACCUUGGUCACCUUAGAGGUGUCCACGCCAUGGCUGCCGUGUCCUUGUCACCCUUGGGGGGGGUCUUUCCAAGGUCUCCACCACCCUGGAGACAUCUCAGCUGCGUCCCCGUUGCCCUGGGGGGGGUCUUUCAGGGUGCCCACCACCCUGGGACAAGGUCUCCACCAUCCCAUGGGGGGUUCCUGCAGGGUCUCCACCACCUUGGAGAUGUCUCUGUUGUGUCCCCACCAUCUCAGGGGGGUCUUUCCAAGGUUCUCCACCACCCUGGAGACAUCUCAGCUGCGUCCCUGUUGACCUGGGGGGGUCUUUCAGGGCGCCCACCACCCUGGGACAGGGUCUCCACCCCCCUGGAGGUGUCUUCACCAUCCAAGGGGGGGUUCCUGCAGGGUCUCCACCCCCUUGGAGGUGUCCCCACCACCCCGGGGGGGGGUCUUUCAGGGCGCCCACCACCCUGGGACAGGGUCUCCACCCCCCUGGAGGUGUCUUCACCAUCCAAGGGGGGGUUCCUGCAGGGUCUCCACCCCCUUGGAGGUGUCCCCACCACCCCGGGGGGGGGUCUUUCAGGGCGCCCACCACCCUGGGACAGGGUCUCCACCAUCCUAGAGGUGUCCUCACCACCCCAUGGGGGGUUCCUGCAGGGUCUCCACCACCCUGGAGAUGUCUCUGUUGUGUCCCCACCACCCGGGGGGGUCUUUCCAAGACCCCCACCCCCCUGGAGGUGUCCUCACCAUCUCAGAGGGGGUUCCUGCAGGGUGUCCACCACCCUGGAGAUGUCCCCACCACCCGGGGGGGGGUCUUCCAGGACCCCCACCACCUUGGGACAGGGUCUCUACCACCCUGGGGGGGUCUUUGCAAGGUCUUCACCCCCCUGGAGGUGUCUCCACCAUCCAAGGGGGGGUUCCUGCAGGGUCUCCACCCCCUUGGAGGUGUCCCCACCACCCGGGGGGGGUCUUUCCAGGGUUUCCAUCCAUCCCCCCCCUCCCCAAAAUGGGAAAGGGGGUGCUCCAUCACCCCCCCCAACCCCCCCAACUUUGAGGGGUGGUGGGAUGUCCCAGGUGACCCCUCCAGCACCCACCACCCUUAGGAGCUUCAGGAGGAUGGGGGGACAUGGAAUCUAUGGGUCUGAGAUCUUUGGGGCCAAGGAACCCAUGGGUCAGGGGGACGUGGGGACAAGGAGCCCGUGGGUCUGA